AUGAUCUUAGAGGAUAAUGAGAAUAGGGGUAUGGGGUAUAUAGAAGAGAAUAAUAACAGAAAGAAUGGUGAGGAGGAGAUAUCUAGUACUAGGCAUUACAAUACAAUACAAUCAUCAUCAUCAAUAUCAUCAUCUGUAGCAUCAUUACAUAAUUAUUAUAAUAGAGACACUCCUGAAAGCCUAAAGGCAGCACGAAGAAGUGUAUUGGAAGCUGUAAAAGCAAUGGAUGAGAAAAAUAAGACACUUCUACGGAAUAAGAGUAAUAAUGAUGCUGAUGACGAUGGUUAUAAGAAGAAUAAGAUCAAGAAGGCUGGUCGUGGUCGUGAUAUACUAUUACUUGGCGAAAUGUAUCUACCAUCUAAUGCUGCUGCUGCUUUUACUGGAGGAAGUGGAUACAAUACCAAUGGUUAUAUAGCCACUCAGAUUGCUGUUGAUGCAUUGAAUGGGGAUAUUGCUGUUGGUAAGUAG